GCUUGCUUUGCGGCACACGUGUGUACAGUCGUUUUGGAUCAGUGUGUCUGCUGCAGCAUGGCCAAAGUUAUGAAGAAAAAAGUAGGUAAAAUGAAGGUGAAGAAGGGCAAAAAGGUUAAAAAGCGCCAAGAAACGAACGGCGACUCUUCGGGUGAAAUGCAAGAGGAAACCGAGGAUUUUACGGCUGUUUCUGGGGCAGUUCGCUACGACGAUGAUGACGGGGAGGAGGAGGAUUUGAACCCGGAGAUAAGCGCAGAUGAAGAGGAGGCAAACGAGGAGGAUGAACGCAAAAGAAACAAGUUGGUCCAAGCCAUCAGUUCCAUGGGAGGUGGGCACCGGAGCACGCGUCUGGAGGAGAGGUCCGAAGCAGUGAUCCAAGUGUCCGAGUUCGGCGUGAACGCUGUAGGAGAGGGAUCAAAGAUCGAGCUGUCAGACCUCAUCCCCACUGCCACCAAGAAGGCCCAGAAGCAGAUCGAGACCCUCCAGCGGGGCCGCAAGACACUCGACACUCCACUUUCCAGACAGGAGACGGAGCGCAUUCACCGAGACAUCGCCUUUCAGAAAGUGUCGGAUGAGGUGUCUAAGUGGAAGAGCGUGAUCAAGCAGAACCAGCGUGCCGAACAGCUGCUUUUCCCAUUGAACCAGGAACCCUCAGGGCCCAAACCCAUGGAACAUGUGGUGACUGCAUGGAAAGCCCGUACACCACUAGAACAGGAGAUUUUUGCUCUACUCAACGCCAACAAACAACCCAUACACAACCCUGUUCUCACCCCCGCUGAAGAGGAAUCCAUCAAAGCUAUGAGUUUGGAGGAAGCCAAAAUCCGCAGGGCUGAACUCCAAAAAUCCAGAGCUCUCCAAUCAUACUAUGAGGCUAAAGCACGUCGAGAGCGGAAAAUCAAAAGCAAAAAGUACCACAAAGUUCACAAUAAGGCGAAGCGCAAAGAGAUGUUAAAGCAGUUUGACGAGAUGGUAAAGACCAAUCCCGAAGCGGCUCUAGAGGAGUUGAAAAAGUUAGAAAUGGCGCGGAUGCAAGAAAGGAUGUCGCUCAAGCACCAGAACAGCGGGAAAUGGGCCAAGUCGAAAGCUAUUAUGGCAAAGUACGACGAAGACGCGAGGAAGGCGAUGCAGCAGCAGCUAGAACUGAACAAAGACCUCACACAAAAGGUGGUCACGGCUUUGAAUAACGAUGAGGAGGAGGACAACGAGGAAGAGGAAGGAACAGAGGAGGUUCUGCCGGAUUUUGUGAACGACGCAGAAAAAGCUGAAAAUGUGGCAAAUCCAUGGAUGAGAGGAAAACUUACAGAAGAAGAACAAGAAGAAGAGAAAAUAUCUAUGAUGGUGGAUGAAGCGGUUGUGAUAGAGGAGUCGUCUGAAGAGGAAGAGGAGGUGAAUGAAGAAGAAGCAUUGCUGAGAGAAUUUGAAAAUAGGCGUCAAAGGCGUAAAGAGGAAGAAAACCAAAUGGCCGACCAGGAUGAGGAAGAGGAGGAGGAUGUCGUUGCUGAAGAUGAGUUGUCAGAGUUUACGUCUAUUAUACGUGGGUUGAAGGAGAAGCCAGAAGAACUUAUUGUGGACAACUCAAUGCCACUAGUUGAAGGUCUUACGAGGAUUCAGACAUUUGAGGAUGCAGAAAAUCUAGAUCUGGAAAUGUCUGAAAAUAUCAAAGACGAUGUGACUGAAAUCGUACAGCUGGAAGAAACCACAAAAGAACCAUCACCCAAAAAAGCUAAAAAGAGAAAACGCAAUAUCGAAUUGAAAGAAGUUCUGACGAAAGAGGCGAAAGUUGUAAAUGUCCCACUGAAAUUCACGACAGAAGAAGCAGAAGAGGAGGAUCUGGAGGAUGAAAUACACCAGCGUGGGCUUAUCAAAGAAGCGUUCGCAGGGGAUGAUGUUGUUUCUGACUUCCUAAAAGAAAAACGGAAACAGGAAGCAGCUGGGAAACCAAAAGUGAUCGACUUGACUCUCCCAGGAUGGGGCGAAUGGGGUGGGCUGGGAUUGAAGCCGUCAAAAAAUAAACGUAGAAAGUUUAGAAUCAAAACUGGGCCAGUUGUACAACGUAAAGAUUCAAAACUUCCAGAGGUGAUCAUGUCAGAACAAAGGGACAAAAGUAUCACCCCGCACCAAGUUAGCAGUCUCCCGUUUCCUUUCGACAACCACACGCAGUUCGAAAGCACAAUACGCUGUCCACUGGGAAGGACGUGGAACAGUGAAAAAACUGUCAAGAAGGUCACCCAGGCCAAAGUGGUGACACAGCUAGGGGCCAUCAUCGAGCCAAUGGGACGCGAGGAGCUCAAGAAAUCUCAGCAGAAUGCGUCCCAUCAGAAAUCACAGAGUCAGACGGCAACCAAUCAGAAAAAAGCUCAGCCAGAGAGGAGGAAGAAACAAGCACAGAAGCGGAAGAAACACAGGGAGUAGGGACUGUUUUGAAAAUUGCUUUCUGUUUUAAACUGGAUACAAAAAGUUUCAGAAUAAAGCUUUAGUUAAAAUGCUAACUAUUGUGGAUAUUAGAAAGUGAGACUUGCAUAUAAAGAUGAGGGUUGUUUUGGGGGCAUAUCUGCUUUCACUUCAGACUAGGUGAAAAGUAUGUAAAUCUGCUAAUCUGUAUAUUGUAUAUUUGUCCUAAACAUUUGCAUUAAGGCAAAUUAAUUAAUUUGACUGCUUGGAUAUGGCAUAAAGUCUAUGUAAUAAAAUACAUUCUGGAGUGCUCUUAUUUUUUUCUAUAUAGUACUUCAACUUUGACUAUCUUUGUCUUUCUUCAUAAGAAUGUUAAUGAGUAAUAAAUAAAUGCAAAUUGGGUUUAACAU